UAUUUUACCAGGAAAGUCCUUCAAAUUCAAUAAAAAAAAAAGGUGUCAUUUCAAUCUUGCAAACUAGCUUAGAAGAAGAGAGGCAGAAUUUGAAGAUACGGUGAACUCAGAGCAGGAUCAAAAGACGUCAACAGCUUCACACUUGUGGCGCACAUAAUUUUCCAGGGUGCUUUUAUUUCAAACAUUUGGCCUCAUGGAUCAACUUCCCAUCACAAAUCAAGUUCCGGCCGAGAGAACAUGGCUAGAAUCCAUCAACAUAGAGCUUGCUCAUUUGAAUCCACUAUCAAAUUGGAGUAUUUGGAGGGUUCCAAACAACCUUCUGGCUGUGAAUAAAGAUGCAUACAGUCCUCACAUCAUCUCCAUCGGACCUCUUCACCAUGGAGAGCAGAACGUGCUAGCUAUGGAGGUUCACAAAUUGCACUACAUGCUGUCUCUCCUUGCUCGGACACCGGAUCCUGCUAAGAGUCUAGAUGAAUGUGGCAAAGCCAUCCUACGUUUUGACAAGCACAUCCGAGCUUGCUAUGCCGAACCAAUUGACAAAUACAAAGAAAAUGAUCUUGCCAAGAUGUUGUUGGUUGAUGGUUGCUUUAUACUCGAACUUUUCUUGAGGUUCUCCAUGGCUGAUCUGCGAUUGCAAGAUGAUCCUGUGUUCAAUACUUCUUGGAUGGUUUUAACUCUUCGCCGCGACUUGGCACUGCUAGAGAACCAGAUUCCAUUCUUUGCUCUUGAAUGGCUGGUCAAGCUUACAGUAAAACCUAGUGCCAUUGGUCAGUCACUCCCUACCCUGCCUGAGCUAGCUUUCGAUUUCUUUAAAUCAUCUCUGUAUAUCAAUAGAGGAACUUUAGCUGUCAGCCGGAGAAUAGUCCCCCAUUUGCUUGGCCUAAUACACAACUGCUACCUGCCCUUUUCUUCAAGACCAAAUCCAAGAGGCAGGGGAGGGUGGGAAUUCAUACACUGUUCAUCUGUACUCCUCGAGGCUGGAAUCGAGUUCGAAAGGGACACAACGAGCAGUCUAUUUGACUUGAAGUUUGAAAAUGGUGUUUUCAAGAUCCCACCAUUACGCAUCCAUGAUUCAACAGUUUCACUCUUCCAGAACCUCAUUGCUUAUGAGCAAAGAUUCCAUGGAGGUCAACAGUACAUUACGUCUUACUUCUUGCUCAUGGAUCGUCUCAUUGACACACCAAAUGAUGUUGAAUUGCUUGUGCAAAGACGGAUUAUUGAGAAUGAUUUUGGUGGCUGGGAAGAUGUUUCAGCUUUUUUUAACAGUAUCUGCAAGCAGAUUGUUUUGCAGGACUUUUACUAUGCUGGGAUAUGUGAGGAUGUGAAUGCAUACUAUAACAAACAAUGGUAUAGAUACAAAGCAGACUUCAGAAGAGACCAUUGCAAGAAUCCGUGGGCAAUUAUAUCACUAGUUGCUGGCUUUGUGCUUCUAAGUUUUACUGCAUUACAAACUGUAUAUUCAGUACUAGCUUAUUACAAAUGAUCUAAUUGCCUUAUGUUUUGUUUCA